GAAACAAGAAAACGAUUUCCGAUUUAUUAAUCUUUGGUUAUAUUGUGAUUACAAAAGUGGUGCCAGUUUGUUUGUCGAGGUCUUUUAAUUGGUUUUCUUAUUGAUCAGAAAAGAGGAUUUUUAAGAUGGAACAACUAACUGAGAAUGACCUGAUGCAUCGCGGAACCGACUAUAAUAAUUUAAAUAAUCAAAUACCAUUGGGAGAAAGUGCCGAGGCAACAGCAAGACGACGUAGCUCCAAUCGGUCUAUAAAAAGGAAAAAAUUCGAUGACGAACUUGUUGAAUACAGUCUUGGCGUACCUGGCAUUUCUAAUAUAAAGGGCGCAAGAGCACGAACUCAAUCAUACCAUUCAGAUUUAGCGCCUGUAGGAUCCCCAUCAAGCACUCCUACAACUAGUGUAGUUGUGCCACAACAUGUAAUGGAAUCUGCAAAGAAAAAAAGUAUAUCUAAGGCUACACCAAGCACAUCUAAAGGAAAGAAAAGAAGUCAACCAAAAAGCCAAUUAACAACUAAAGAUUUAGGAAGAUGGAAACCAAUUGAUGAUCUAGCUUUAAUUAUAGGUGUUCAGCAAACUAAUGAUCUGAAGACAGUCCACCUUGGAACAAAAUUCUCCUGCAAAUUUACAUUGCAGGAGCUCCAGUCACGUUGGUAUGCAUUAUUAUAUGAUCAAGCUGUAUCAAGGGUAGCAGUAUCAGCCAUGCGUAAUCUCCAUCCUGACAUGGUGGUUGCUGUUCAUGAUAAGGCCUUAUGGAGUCAAGAAGAAGAGAAAAUAUUGAGUAGCAUAAAAUCAAGUACAAACCCAACUGUGGAAGUUUUUGCUGAUCUCUUAGCAAAGCAUUCAGAUAUUUUUUAUAAUGGAAGAACUGCCAAUUCUUUAAUGCGGCAUUGGCAGACUUUGCGUAUGUAUCAUUUAUUGCCAGAUCAAGUUGUGGGACCCAUUCCAACAUCUGGAAGGCCCAUAAUGACAUUUAAUGAUGCUGAAGAACUUAUUCAAGAUUCUGAAUUGACUGAUCCUCCUGAUGAAACUUUAGACACAGAAUUGAAACUUCAACAAAGGAGAAAUAUCAAAGAAAUUAGACAAUUAGAAAAUGAAGUUGGACGAUGGAAUGUAUUAGUUGAUAGUGUUACAGGCAUGUGUCCUGGUGAGUUGGAUAGUCAGACUUUGGCGGUUUUAAGAGGCCGAAUGGUUAGGUAUCUAAUGAGAUCAAGAGAAAUAACAAUUGGAAGAUCUGGAAAAGGUCAUAAUGUUGAUAUAGAUUUAUCUCUUGAAGGUCCUGCUCAUAAAAUUUCCAGACGACAAGCAACACUUAGGUUGCGAAAUACAGGAGAGUUUUAUUUAUCAUCUGAAGGGAAAAGACCAAUAUUUGUUGAUGGAAAACCAGUAACCGCCGGAAGUAAAAUUCGUUUAUACGAUAAUGCAGUUGUUGAAAUUGCUUGUUUAAGAUUUAUUUUUUCCAUUAACCAUGACCUUAUAAGGGCUAUACACAAUGAAAGUGUAAAGUAUAAUUUGCCACCAUAAUAUUUUAAUAUUUAUUACCUUAUGUAAUUUUUUUAAAGUUAUAAUUUUCAAUUGAUUGUAAUCCAAGAUAUUUAUGUGUAUCAUAAGGAAUCUUUAGGAGGUUCUUCAGUAUUAAAACUAAACCUAAAACUAUUAUCGGAAAUAAAUACAGAAGUUUUAGCAUA